AUGUCAAUUUCGACACCUUCAUCAUCAAUUUCAACAUCAUCUUCAUCUAAAAUGAAUUUAUUAUAUUUGAAAUUAACAAAUGUUCAUUGUAAUGAAUGUGAAUUAUCCAUCAAAAGAAUCAUAUCACAUUUUUAUAAAUUAAAUCAAAUUGAAAAUGAUCAAAUUGUUGAAUCAAAUUUAAGAGAAUUAGUAACAAAUAAAGAAAUUUUUUAUUAUAUUAAUAAAGAUGAAGUUAAAUUAUUUGGUAAUGAAUCUAUUAAUUUUAAAAUUGAUUUAAAAAAAAUCAUUAAAAGAUUAGAAAAUAAUGGAUUCAAAGUUAUAAAAUGGGAUAUUAUGGAAAGAGGAGAAAUUAAAUUAUCUUCUGAAUUUGAUAUAAAAGAUUUAGAAGCUGAUAAUCAUGGAAUUAGUAAAAUUCAUGAUGGAUUUUUUGAUUUUUGGGGAAUUUAUCAAAAAUUUAUUAAUAAAAAAUCAACAAAGAAUCAUUUAAAAUAUUGUAAAGUUUGUCAAAAUCAAAAAAGUUCUAAUAAUAGAAAUGAAAUAGAAUCAUCAUCAGAUCAAUCUUCAAUUGAAACAAAAGUUGAAAUAUCACAACAAGAAUUUAGAGCUUCAUUUUUAAUAACUGGAAUGACUUGUUCAGCUUGUGUUCAUUCAGUUGAUGAUGCAUUAAAAUCAUUAUUUUCAGAUUCAAAAAAUAAAUCAAAUGAUGAAUCAAAUUAUUCAAUUAAUUUAAUUCAACAAUCAAUUGUUGCAAUUAUACCAAAUAAACAAUUAAUCAAUCAAAUUAUAGAUAAAGUUAAUGAUUUGGGUUUUGAAUGUAAAUUAAUUGAAGUUUUACCAGUUCAAAGGUCGAUCAAUACUAAAAUCACUGCAUUAAUAGGUGGAAUGACUUGUGCAGCAUGUGCAAAUUCAAUUGAAUCAGCUGUAAAAAAUUUACCAUUUAUAUUAGAAAGUGGAAUCAACAGUGUUACAAAAAAUGCUCAAUUUGUAUUAGAAGAUGAUAAUCAACAUGAAAAUAUUUCAAAAUUAAAAGAAACUGUUGAAGAUUGUGGAUUUGAAUUUGAAAUUUUAAAAAUUGAAAAAAUAAAUUUUACAAGUGGUAAAUUAAAACCAAGAACUAUAAAUUUAAAAAUUGAUGGAAUGUUUUGUAAUCAUUGUCCUGAAAUUAUAACAAAUUAUUUAUCUAAUUUUGGUGAUGCUAUUAUUAUAAAUGAUCCAAUUACUUUAAAACAUCCAUUUGUUAAAUUUACUUAUAUUCCUAAUCGUGAUAUUACAAUUAGAAAAAUUUUAUUUGAUUUAAAUCAUUUAAGAGAUGAUAUAAAUGAUCAAUAUAAAAUUACUGAAGAACCUGGAUCUUUUACUUGUGAAUUAGUUAAAUCUGUUUCAAUUGAUGAACAUAUUAGAAAAUUAGCUAAACGUGAAUUAAUGAAUUUAACAUUAAGAUUAAUAUUAGCUACUGUUUUUGCAAUUCCAACAUUUAUAUUUGGUAUAGUUGCAAUGUCUUUACUAUCGAAAACCCAUCCUUUUAGAAUUUGGGUAGAAGAACCCAUAUGGAUAGGUAAUACAUCAAGAGAUUCUUGGAUUUUAUUUAUUUUAGCUACUCCAGUUUAUUUUUUUGCAGCAGAUACAUUUCAUAGAAAAGCUAUAAAGGAAAUUAAAUCAUUAUGGUUUCAUAAAAAUUCAUUUAAACAAAGAUUAUUUAAAUUUGGAUCAAUGAAUUUAUUAAUGAGUUUAGGUACUACUGUUGCUUAUUUUGCAAGUAUUGCUUUAUUAAUAUUAAGUUCAAAACAACCCAAAAAAACUCAUAUGGGAUUUCAUACAACUUAUUUUGAUUCAGUUGUAUUUUUAACAUUUUUUUUAUUAAUUGGUAAAUUAUUACAAAGUUAUUCAAAAACUAAAACAGCAGAUGCUAUUUCUCAAUUAGGUGAUUUGAAACAAAAUGUUGCAACAUUAAUUGAACAAAAUAAUGAAUCAGGUAGAUUUGAAAAUGAUCAGGUAGUUGAUUUAGAAAUGCUUGAAGUUGGUGAUUAUAUUAAAAUCUCAACUGGUGAAUCACCACCAGUUGAUUGUGUUAUAGUUGAAGGUAAUUCCAAUUUUGAUGAAAGUGCAUUAACUGGUGAAUCAACUCCUGUUAAACAUAUAGAAGGUCAUCAAAUAUUUUCAGGAACUGUUAAUAUUGGUAAUAAUUCAAUAAUUGCAAAAGUAACAAGUUUAGAAAGUGAUUCAUUAUUAAGUCAAAUUGUAAAUACUGUAAGAGAUGGUCAAUUAAGAAAAGCUCCAAUGGAAAGAACUGCUGAUUUAAUUACUGGUUAUUUUGUUCCUAUAAUUAUUUUUUUAGCAAUUAUUACUUGGAUUAUUUGGUUAUCUUUAGGAUUUUCAGGUUCAUUACCUGAUUCUUAUCUUGAUAUAGAUAUUGGUGGUUGGACAGUUUGGUCAUUAGAAUUUGCUAUAGCAGUAUUUGUUAUUGCAUGUCCUUGUGGUAUUGGUUUAGCUGCUCCUACUGCAUUAUUUGUUGGAUCUGGAUUAGCUGCAAAAUAUGGUAUAUUAGCUAAAGGUGGAGGUGUUGCAUUUCAAGAUGGGGCAAAUAUAAAUAUUGUUUGUUUUGAUAAAACUGGUACUUUAACAAAAGGUGAAAUGUCAGUUACUAAUUAUUCAUUUGUUAUUAAAGAUCCAAUCAUAAAACAAUUUUCAUUACAAAUUAGUAGAGAUUUAGAAGUUGCUUCUAGUCAUCCAUUAGCCAAAGCUAUUAAACUGUUUGUUGAUGAAUUGAGUGUUCAAUCUAAAAUUGAAUUAUUCGGUAACAAAAUCCCACAAGUUGAAACAAUUCCUGGACGUGGAUUAAGUGGUAAAAUAAUUUAUGAAACAGAUGAUAAUACAAAUUGGUCAGAAUUAGAUCCAAUUGAAGCUAUAUUAGGUAAUGAGAAACUAAUGAUUGAAAAAAAUGUAACAAUAUCAGAACAUGAUCAAAAUCUUUUAACAAAAUGGAAAUCUGAAUGUAAAUCAGUAAUGUUAGUAGCAUUAAAAUGUCCAACAUAUUUUAAAGAUUCAAACUAUCAUUUGAUUUUCAUGAUGGCAGCAAGAGAUCAAAUUAGACCAGAAACUAAAAAAAUUUUAAAUUUUUUAAAAUCUAAAAAAUUUGAAACUUGGAUGAUAACAGGUGAUAAUAAAUUAACUGCUAAUGCAAUAGCCGCAGAGAUUGGUAUUGAAAAUGUUGUAAGUGAAGUAUUACCAGAUGAAAAAGAAUCACAAAUUAAAAGAAUUAGACGAUUAAAAUUAACUAAUAAUAAAAAAUGUGUUAUUGCAAUGGUUGGUGAUGGAAUUAAUGAUGCACCCGCAUUAGCAUCAGCUGAUGUUGGUAUUGCAUUAAGUUCAGGUGCAGAUUUAGCAGUAACAUCAAGUGAUUUUAUAUUAUUAAAUAAAUUACAUCCAUUACUAAGUUUAAUAACAUUAAUUGAUUUAUCAAGAAAAGUAUUUCGUCGUAUAAAAUUUAAUUUUGGUUGGAGUUUAAUUUAUAAUAUGAUUGGUUUACCAAUAGCUGCUGGUGUUAUUUAUCCUUAUAAUAAUUCAAGAUUAGAUCCUGUUUGGGCAAGUGCUGCUAUGGCUUUAUCUUCAAUUAGUGUUGUUUUAAGUUCUUUAGCUUUAAGAUUAUAUAAACCAAAGAUUAAUGUUAAAGAUUUUAAAUUAGAGGAUGAUGAGUUGAUAGUUCCAGUGGAAGAGUGA